AUUGACCAAGUGUCGUAGGUGUUGUUUUCAGAAAACAANAAGCGUUGCACGUCCGAGUGCAGACAAAAAGAUGGAUCAGCAUAACAUAAAGCUUAAAUAUACAAUUGCAAUGAUAGAAGAAGUAAUUAGAAGACGACGUAAAGCCGCAAUAGCUGCUGUAAUACAUCAUUUAAAAUAUAAAUAUAAAAAACGAAAUUAUACAAAGAAAACUUGUUGGGUAGCGCCUAUUUUCGAAGAUCGCAAAGAAAACAGUUUUUACUUUACAUCAGUCCCAAAACUAAAAUUGGAAAAUUUCCGAUUCCAUAAUUACUUUCGAAUGAACGCAACUCAGUUGGAGGAAUUGUUAGAAAUUAUCGGGACAAGACUGCAGAAGCAAAAUGUUGUUUGGGAAUCCAUCUCUCCACCUGAACGCUUGGCACUGACGUUGAGAUAUUUGGCAUCUGGCGAUUCUAUGACGUCGAUGUCAUAUCAGUACCUAGUGGGUGUAACAACAGUUAGUAACAUUAUUCAAGAAACAUGUGCAGUAAUUUGGGAACUUUUGUGUCCUUUAAUUCUACCUGGCCGACUUGAAGAAAAAGAUUGGAAUGAUAUAGCCAAAGGAUUCGAAAAAUGGAAUUUUCCGCAUUGCAUUGGAGCUAUUGAUGGCAAGCACGUUGUCAUCCAAUGUCCUAAUAAAGCUGGAUCAACGUACUUCAAUUAUAAGCAUUCCCACAGUAUAGUCUUAAUGGCUAUCUGCGAUGCAAACUAUAUCAUCCGUUUUGUAGAUAUUGGAGCCUACGGACGACGCAGCGAUGGUGGUACUUUUAGUGAUAGUGCCAUAGGAAAAUAUUUUGACAAUAAUCUCAUGAAUGUUCCACAGCCAGCUGCUAUUUCAGGUAGUCCUGUUUUACCGUAUUGUCUUGUGGGAGACGGGGCCUUUCCUUUAAAGCCAUAUUUGCUUCGCCCGUACAAAGACAGAGGGCUAGUACCGGAGCAAGACGUGUUUAAUUAUCGCUUAAUCAGUGGCGAAUAUAUAGGAAGCCAAUUAUUGCCAGCCCUAAAAAUGCUAUAG